UCCUCGCUGUUUUUGUAUCUGCUUCAGAGCGGAUUCAACCGCCAAGUAAGUUACAUUUUGCCAUGUCACGCUAAAGAAGUUUGAGACCAGUUUAUUUAUAGAAAACUGGAUUGGUGUGGGCACAGAGACAUAUGCCGCUGGAUAUAUGAACUGAAAUGAGAGCCUGUCGUGUUUUUUGACGGGAAUUCCGGGUGAUUUUUGAGCCGCUGUUUCUACUGUAUAGCUAAUGUUACACAGUGAAGCCAGAAGCCUAAUGUUUUCGUCAAGCCAAGAGGAGCACUGUGCCCCGUCCAAAGACCCAGUGAAAUACGGGGAGCUGGUGGUGCUGGGGUACAAUGGCUCUCUGCCCAAUGGAGAUCGAGGUAGACGGAAAAGCAGAUUUGCGCUAUACAGGAGGACCAAAGCCAAUGGUGUUAAGCCAAGCACUGUGCACAUCCUCAACACACCCCAGGCCAGCAAGGCCGUGAACUGUAAAGGCCAACACAGCAUCUCCUACACACUGUCCAGAAACCAGACGGUAGUGGUGGAGUACAGCCAUGAUAAAGACACAGACAUGUUUCAGAUUGGGCGUUCCACUGAGAGUCCCAUAGACUUUGUGGUGACUGACACAAUAGCCGGAGGCCAGGAGGGAGAGGAGACUCCGAUCACACAGAGCACCAUCUCCCGUUUUGCCUGCCGAGUUGUCUGUGAGCGUAACCCGCCCUACACUGCUCGCAUCUACGCAGCUGGUUUUGAUUCUUCCAAAAACAUCUUCCUUGGGGAAAAAGCCGCAAAAUGGAAGAACCCUGACGGUCACAUGGACGGACUAACAACCAAUGGCGUGCUGGUAAUGCACCCUAAGGGUGGGUUCACGGAAGAGUCGAAGCCUGGCGUCUGGAGAGAGAUCUCUGUUUGUGGGGAUGUUUACACACUGAGAGAGACCCGCUCAGCACAGACCCCAGGCAAACUGGUGGAGAUUGAGAGUAAUAUACUGCAGGACGGCUCCCUGGUGGAUCUAUGUGGAGCCACUUUGCUGUGGCGUACUGCAGAAGGCCUCUUUCACACUCCCACCCAAAAGCAUCUGGAGGCUCUCAGGCAGGAGAUCAACGCAGCGCGGCCCCAGUGCCCCGUAGGUCUCAACACGCUCGCCUUCCCCAGCAUGCAACGCAGCCGUGCCCUCUCCUCUCUGGAGGACAAGCAGCCUUGGGUCUACUUGGCCUGUGGCCAUGUGCACGGUUACCACAACUGGGGCCACCGUUCAGAGCAGGAGCCCAACACUCAGCGAGAGUGUCCCAUGUGCCGGGUGGUCGGGCCCUAUGUACCACUGUGGCUGGGCUGUGAGCCGGCCUUCUAUGUGGACACAGGUGCGCCCACGCAUGCCUUCGUGCCAUGUGGACACGUGUGUUCGGAGAAGUCAGUCAAGUACUGGGCGGAGAUCCCUCUGCCCCAUGGCACCCACGCCUUCCACGCCGCCUGCCCCUUCUGUGCCACCCAGCUCGGUCUCACUCAGGGCUGUUCCAAGCUAAUCUUCCAGGGCCCGGUGGACUGAGCUGAAGGGUCCUGCUCUGGCAAAGAAGAUUAGACAGGAAUGCCAACAUGCUGUGAAACUGUUCAGAUUAUUUUGUGCUUUCUUUUGUUCAUGUAAGCCAGCUGUGGAAAGGAGUAAGUCUUCUCAAGUUCUGGUCAUAUACUGUGGAUUCUGCACAACAGAGAGCCAUUAGAUUGUUCAGGGCCUCUUGUGGCUGUUUGGAUGGCCACUGUGGGAUACAGAGAUGUGGAGCACACUGGACCACAGAUGCCUGGCUCCUCCAGAAUGAAAUACUGUUUCAGCUGCCCCAAAAAACCUACCGCUUUAAAUAAGGCUCCAGCGCUGGGCUGUUUUAAACUACAAUGGCUGCUGGUUUUCCAUCAGAGGGCCAUAUAAUUAAAGUUGUAGAAGGAAUGAAUAGAUUUUACUUAUGAAUCAGACUGAACCAGAUAACAGUGGUGUAGUUUGGUCUUUUGGGAAUGAAAACUGUAGGAGGGUUUAUAGUUCAGUUCCUGGUGAGACAAAGUUUUUACAGAGCCAGACAGCUGGACUGUUGGCUGGGAGAAAAGCCAGGAGAAAGUUGGGGUCUAAUGGCUAACUAGUUAAGUGCUCCCCAUCGCCCUCUCGUCCCUGAACCCCUAAUGGCAUCUAGAUCAUGUAGCUCUCCAGAUUCGACUUUGAUUUGCUGAACAAACUUUAAGGAGGGGAAAAAGACUUGUAUAGAAAUAUAAUCCAGUGCCUCAAAUCCCAUUAAACUGUGGGAAUAUUUUUCAUAAAUGAGAAAAGAUAUUUUGUUGAAGGCAAAGGGAGAGAUAGUUUUGCAUACAUAAGACAUAAGGAAAUGACAACCCACAUGUAUUCUUCUCCACAUUUUUAUCUGACAGAAGAGGUAUUUUACUACACUGAGGCCCUUGUACUGUUUUGUAAUGCAAAUGUUAAUAUAUUUUUCUCCUGUGUGUGAGAAUGUUUGAGUGUGUGUGCAUGCAUGUGUGAUUGUGUGUGUGGGUUGGACUGUGUGGGUGCCCUUGGGCUUUGUUUAAAUCGCCCUGCAUCAUUUCACCCCAAUCCCCUUUCUAUGAUCUCGCCCACCACCCAAAAACGCUACCAGAGAGAACACAGGAAUUAAACCAACAUCGCAGGGUUUGACAAUGAAUGUACUGAAACACAUUGACUCUCCUCACUGGUCGUGCUUUAAUUAUACAACUUGCUUUCUCAAUGGCUGUGCUGUUAAAUGUAUAGGUAAGGCCUAUUUGCAGUGAAAGACAACAUUGGGGCUGUACUACCAGUAUGCAUCAACCACACGUGCUCGCUAGCUUGCUAGCUAGCUGUGCCCCUACCCCACACAAGUACUGUAUUCAAUCUGCACUGUCGUUAGCUUUAUCCCAUGCUGGGUCUGAUCCAAUGAUUUGUACGCUGUCAAACCUGGGCACAGUCUCAGCAGCAUCCAGAGAUUAUACCAAAUAUAAGGAAGAGCUGUUUUCUCUCCACAUGCAAGAUGUAACAACCACUCUCUCCGAUCCAAAGUGUUUCUGUAAACAAUCCUAAACCCAAACUGCUGCUAUGGUGGAAUGUUGACAGCUCUGGAUUACAGUCGAGGCUGUUCAAUUGCUCGCAACCAGCUCCAUGGGAAUAAUGAUAUUAUCGCACACCUUGCCAAAUUUGGUAAGUUCUGUUGUGUGUAGAUGAGUCACAUUCAAAACAAAGCAGCAGAUGAAUUGUAACUAAAGAAUCUGGGAUGAAUCUGUGCAUUUUUCUGUGAUGUUAGCUUAUCAGACUGUGCCCAUAUGUAGAGUGUAGUUGAAGGCAUUAAUUCUGCCACGAUAUUGAGCAUUCAAAUUCUGAGAUGUUGAGGGUAAAUUUCCUAUUGUAACAUUCAGAUUUUCUUCCACGUUGCAUUAUGAUGAAUAAAACUCAGAGGUAUAGUUGAGGGGCAAAAUCCACCUUGAUUAAGUUAGGCUUCUGGACUUCACAAAAAUAGAUAUGAUCUCAACAGCAGUGGUGGACGGCUGGAGUAUUUUUCUUUUUUGGUUCCUUCCUAAGAGAAACAUACCUAGCAUUCUUAAAAGUAGUCAGCAGCAUUACACUUUACUCGUACCACAGAGCAUUUCUGAAUGGCUUGAUUUCUUCAGAUUAAAUGUAACUGCUGAGCAGGGUCAAGUACUAGGCCACAUACUAUACAGUAGCAUUCCUUUCCAACACUUUCAGCUCAAACACUGUGCCCAUUGCUUAAGACUGUGUUCUGUAACAGCUGCAGAGUAGCUGCCUCAAACAUUCCUCCUUGGUAAACAUGGGUGGGGCCCUCAGUUCACCCAAGGGCUUGUUCUAUGAUUUUGUCUCCUACAGGAACUCUGUACACAAGCCAUAGAACGCACUGAUGCUCCCAAUGCCUCCUUUGCAAAGAAUAAAACAUUUUUUAAAAAGAA